UGAUAAAUCUCAAUUUAUCAAACUCUAGAUAAACGGGUUAAAGUUCUUACGUCCAAAAAACUCAUUUUGUUAGUAGUUGUUCUAUGUAUUGUAUUGAAAAUGUGGUCCGAAUUUGUGUUGAUAUGUGUUUUUGGAUUUACCAGCUCUCUGACGACCUCCUUUGACCUCGGAGGCGUUAUAUCCGGUAACCGCAUGGCUGGUGUGCCUCUAGGGAGGUCCCUAGGAGAGGGUUCGUUGGAUGUGGAAGGUAUCUGUCAGGAGGCUGGAAUGGCCUGUCUAAACUGUACCCACGCAGUGACUUGCAUACCCUUGCCUGUUGGAUGGUUGAAGGUGCCACUCCAGGAAUGUACAGGUGACACGACCUGCAAUGCUCGCCUCGGCACUUGUUCGCCCCAACACGUACCUGAGUGCGACCCAGGUCUUGAACAGUACCAGCAUUCUUGUGAGCAGGUUGGAAUCUUCCCAGACGCCGUGGACUGCCGCAAGUUCCACCUGUGUUCUCCUCCAGACGGCUUCCCUGAAGGUAGACCCGCAGACCACAGGGAGGCACACUGCCCUAGACACUAUGGAUAUGACCCGCAGAUAGCACAAUGUUCUAUUCAACUAUUCAAAGGACAGUGUGCCGAAAAGCCGAUCCCCACUUGCACCGAAAUCGGCCAAACUGGAGUGGUUCCAUCAAGCCUCAACCACUAUUACGUCUGUCUCUCAAAACAAGGCCGAAUCCAACCACAAGUCUUCAUUUGUCCGAACGGUUGGUACUUCUGGGAGGGUUUCUGCCGUCCCACACCACCUGUCCAGAAAGCUACUGACGAACCUGAAACCACAGAAUAUUCUAGAAAUGUUGAAUCAGAAACUACAACGGAAACAAGUGAAGAUCACGUCACUAGUAGAAUAGAUAGUUUCUUCUCAACAGAGAAAAGUAGUACUUACGUUCCUGAUACGUUUUUAGCUGAUAAAUUUGAUUUGGCUAAUUACGAGUCUACAGAUGAUGCUGGACCGUCGAGCGAUGUAUUCUUCUCUGAUUCGUCUGAGAAUAGUUCUGAUUUCUGGUAGUAUCGAAAUUGUACAGUGGUACAACUAGUAAAACUAGUUGUUACACUGGGAACAGCCGGGUGUAUUGUAAUGUACAAAAUGAAAGUACUUAGAAAUACAUAAUUUGUUACUUACAUUUAUUGUAGAUUUUAAUUAAAUUAUUUUAAAAUAUCACCAAGCAAA